UGUCGGCCAAUCCGCAGCUGCAGCAGGAGGAAGUCCCGACCACAGCCUCCUGAAUCGGAGCGCGCCCGAAGAAGAACCGUGCGAACCCGUCCUUGCUCCGCGUCCGAGCUCCGCAGCUCCCGCAGCAGCAACAUGGAUACGGAGUUGUUUAUGGAGUGCGAGGAGGAGGAGCUGGAGCCAUGGCAACAGGUGGACGACAAUGUGGAGGAAGAUGACAUGGACUUCUUCGACAGCUACUGCGAGCCAGUGGAGGACUCUAUGUCUCCUCUUCCAGCAUCUGAGACUCCGCCCCCCAGGACUCCUCCACCUGUCACACCUCCAACAGCUUCACCUCCUGUUCAGAUCGUCUGCUCCUCUGUGAGGCCUGCUCCUCCUCCUCCCUCCGUCAUCACCCCCUCUUCCUCUGUCUCACACCUCCCUGCCUCCUCCACGCCUGCAGCAGCUCAGACCCUGAUGGCUCAGACCCAUCAGGGGCCCCUCUUCCUGACGCAGACGCCAGGUGGGACGUUUCUCCUCCCAGCAGCCCCCGGGACACACAACGCCCAGCCCAUCCUCCUCACCACACAGGGUUUCCCGAUGAUGAACCACGGCACCCCUCUGGUGUUGAACCUGCAGCCGGGGCAGACGGUCCAGCCGCUCACCUUGAUCCAGUCCCCGUCGUUGGGUCAGUUGGUGCGGCCCAGCGUAGGCGUGUCUCCAGUCCUCCCUCAGGGCCAGGCAAUUCAGACCAGACCAGGCCCCGCCCCCUCCAGAGGCCCCACCCAGCCUGGCUCCACCUUCACCACCAUGCAGCUGCCCGCCACGUUGACCAUCCGCACCAGCACGCCAGGACCUGUUAACCUUCAGAUGACCCAGGUGGGCGGAGCCAGCUCCCUGAAGGUGGGAGGUUCCCCCGCCCUUCCCUCUGGCUCGGCCAAUGGAGUCACCAGAAUCACGUUCAGCCGCGCAGCUCCUGGCCCCGCCCCCUCUGUCGUCACCACCCCAGGUGUGACAUCAUCAGCGCCGACGUCCGACCCCACCAGAGUGGUGAUGAGUGUGGAGGAGUUUUACUACGGAACUUAUGAGGGCGACUUGAGUCUGAGGAAACCUCAACCACUGGGGAUCAAGACCUGCACUUUCACCUGCCAGAGCUGCUCACACCUGGCCGAGAACAACCUGAGGUUGAUGCAGCACAUGCUCCAGCACUCAGAGCUGAUUGGAGCACGAGGAGCAGGUGAUGAGAGGACGUGCUGCAGGUUCUGUUACCGACAGUUCUCAUCUCGUAGUCAGCUCCAGAGCCACCAGGAGCAGGUGCAUGGCCCCACCCUCUCCUCCAGUAUGUGUCGUAUUUGUGAGUGGGCGUUUGAGAACGAGCCGGCCUUCUUGAACCACAUGAAGUCCAACCACAAACCAGGAGAGAUGCCCUACGUCUGCCAGGUGUGUUCGUUUCGCUCGUCCUUCUACUCGGACGUAGUGCAGCACUUCGCCAGCUUUCACAGAGAGUCUCGCUUCCUGUUGUGUGUUUUCUGCCUGAAAGUGACCAGAAACCCAACCAGCUACCAGCAGCACCUGCUGAAACACCAGGUCAACCAGGCCUUCCACUGUAACAGGUGUCGUCUUCAGUUCGUCUUCCUGAAGGACAAAAUGCAGCACAAACUGGAAAACCACCGCAGCUUCCGGCGACCUGCGAGGCUCGACGGACUGCCACCAGGGUCAAAGGUGACGAUCAGGACUUAUGGGAAGAUCAGGUCUCUGGGAUCAGGAGGUAGCCGACCUUUCCAGAGCCCCGCCUCCCUCAUCCAGCCAAUCAACAUCAAGACAGAGAAGUCUCCGACCCAGAGGAGCCCUCCCUUCCAGAAAUCACCUCGAUCACCAACCAAGAAACCGGUCAGCCGCAGAGUCCACAACAGGUCUUCCUCAUAUGAUGGAGACCGGUUGGUGUGUUUGGAGUGUGGAACCGACGCCUCUGACUUCUCGGCUCACUACCCAACUCACGUGACCUGUCUGCUGUGUCCCUACAGCAGCUGCUGCUCCAGGGCCUACGCUACCCACAUGAUCCAUCACCACGUGCCGCCAUCCAAAGACAAAGUUCUUCCUCUGCACCGACUGCCUCCUCCAUGUGUGUUCCUGCUGCAGUGCUCUAACUGUGACUAUAAGCCUCACACUGCAGAUCAGAUGGCUGACCACCUGCUGAUGAACCCAGAUCACUACAGGGCCACCUGUCGAACCAGGACCUACAUUGAACCUGAUAUCCAGUUCUGCCACAGUGAAGAUCAGCACUCAGAAGAAAGGGAAACAGCCCAGAACAAGGACUUGCCUGAUCCAUCCUGGAGGUUAGCAGAGUGUUGGAAAAAUCCAUCAGAGAGCAACAGCUCCAAGUCCCCCAUCAUGUCGUUCACACAGACCAGUGGGCCUCGUCACUUCCUGUCCAAGAACACGGACGCCAUCGACUUCUUUAACCUGCUCUUUCCUUCAGCACUCGUAGAGCUGAUCACCAAUGAGACCAACACCCAUGUCAAGACCUCUCAGUUCCUGGGCGCCUGCUACCCAGACUGGGUCCCUGUCACAACCCAUGAGAUCAAAGGUUUCAUCGGCCUGGUCAUUCUGAUGGGGAUCCAGAAUCUUCCUGACCUUUCACAUUACUGGUCCUGGAAUCACUACGACAAUAGCUAUACCUUCUACCGCGCCAUGAGCUUCAAACGCUUCAAGCAGAUUGCUGCCAGUAUCCGCAUGGGCAGCUUUGCCACAGAUGAGUAUCGUGGCAUCAGCAACCCCAGUGACCCGCUGCACAUCUUCAGGCAGAUGCUGGAUAUUCUGGGUGGAGCUAUGUGGGACGCCUACAAGCCGAAUUGCUGCCUGUGCAUCGACAGAGCGCUGCUGCCCAGCUUGGAGGAGGAGCGCUGCAAUGCCAAAGGGAAUCCAAAGACCCAACCUCAGGUGUGGCUGCUCUGUGAUUCCAAGUCCGGCUACUGCCACCGCUUCUUCAUCCAGGUGGGGGAGAAGGUGGGCCAGGAGCCGGGCUUCACUGUGGUGCCGGAGCUGGUGAAGGAUCUGGAGGACAAACACCACCAACUUUACCUGGCUAAUUCGCUUAUGUCUGUCCCACUCAUGCAGAAGCUUCUGGACCAGGGCAUCUAUGCCUCCAGCUCCUUCCCUCCACGUAAUUCCAUCCUGCCCAAAGAGCUGUGGGAGGAGGGCCAGCUUGAGAAACCUGGGGACUUCCUGCAGAAACAGUUUGGCCCCCUGCUGGCCACUCGCUGGAGGGACACUAAAGAGAUGGGCUGCCUGUCAACUAAUGCAGCUCCAGGUGAACAGGACACUGUUUGGAGGAGGUCUCAGACCAAAGCGGGUGAACUGGACCCCAUUGCCCGCCCCAUAGCUUUCAGCCUCCUGCAGGAGAACAUGCGAGGGGUUGACAUCUGCAAACAGUUGCUAGCCUGCAACCCUCUGGGAGGAAUCCCUCAGGACCGACACUGGCGCAGCCUCUUUUGGUUUCUGGUCAACCUGAGCAUUGUCAACGCCUUCAUCGUGCUGCGGGAGAGCCGCAAAGAGAACCCACCGGCCUGGGUGCAAGACGGCCUUUUUACUCAAGUUAACUUCAGAAAGCGAUUGGGAAACCAGCUCGCCAAAUGUGCUCAGAAAUACUUUGAGACCAUGGAGAUUGCCAGCUCGCGCGGGAUGAGGGUGGAGGCACCAGAGGAAAAGGUUAAAGAAAGACACAGGAUGGUGAAGCUUAGCGCAAUCUCCAAGAGGUGCAAAAACUGCAACUUGAAGAACAUCCGCCAUGAGAGUGUGUACGGCUGCGUCAUCUGUCAAGCAAACCUGUGCAAUCAGUCCAACUGCUUCUGGGAAUAUCACGGCCUGUCACCUGUAAACAAAGGAUCAGCAAAGGUUGGAUUUAUCAAGGACAAAAUAAGUAGAAAAUCAUCUGAUGAAGAUUCAGAUACAAGUUGGGAACCGGAUACUUCUCCAGUUAGCAAGCGGCCACGUACAGAGGAGCAGCAGGACAGUACCUCAUCAGGAGAGGAGUCCUAUUCCCCAAAUCGCUCAAGAAGUAGUGCCAGCAGGAGACCAAGAGGCAGAGGACGGGGCAGAGGACGAGGACGAGGACGAGGGAGAGGGAGAUGGAGAGGCAGCCACAGUCAAACUAGGUUGUCAACCAGUACAUCUGGAGAGAAAUGGAAUGAUGCUGACGACCUAGACAUAACACCACCACAGCCCACCUUCAAACCCUCCCGUCCACCAGGACCCCAGCUCAAAUGUUCAUACCCAUACACGGCCCUGCAGCUUUUCCAGCUCUUUUUUACUAACUCUAUUUUAAAGACAAUAAUUCAAAACACCAAUGACUUUGGCUUGAGGCACCACUCAACACGCGCCGACCCAUGGAUCGAUCUGACAUUACAGGACAUGUUUUCAUUCAUGUCCUUGGUCAUCUUCAUGGGUGUAGUAGUAUGCCCCACAUAUACUGAUUAUUGGCGAGGGGGUAACCUCUAUAGCUUGAAGUUCCCAAGAGGGGUAAUGACCAGUAAGAUGUUUGAGAGGAUCUGCAAGUCCCUUCACCUCAGUAGCUCAGUGAAGGAGGCUGCUAACAGGAGGAGGAGAGGCACAGCAGCCUUUGAUCAUCUUUGCAAAAUAAAGCCCCUCUAUAAGGAGAUGAGGGAAGCCUGCAAAAAGAGCUAUCAUCCUAACCAGGAAAUUGCCAUUGAUGAGCGAAUGGUUGCCCCCAGCUCCCACACUGGGCUAAAACAGUAUGUGAAAGAUAAGCCUGUUUGCAGGGGAUAUAAACUCUUUAUUUUGGUGGACUCCAAGAGUGGUUAUACGUGGGACUUCCUUGUCCACAAGGGAAACAUCCAGGGCAACAGUGGCAAGGGACUCAGUUAUGAGUCAGUGAUGGAGCUAAUGGACACACAAAGGCUGGGCACCGGCUACAAGCUCUUUGUCGACAGUUUUUUCACAAGUUCCACCCUUUUCCGUGACCUCCUUCAUAAGAGGAUCUGGGCGUGUGGAACCAUCCGCAGAAACAGAAUUGAAUACCCCAAAACAAACGACAACAGUCUGGACUCAAAGUCUCCCUGCGGAAGUAUACGGUGGAUCAGGAAGGACUCCGUCCUCUUUGUCCAUUGGCGAAACCAGAGGGACAUCUUCAUUUGUUCAACACUCCACACAGCUCAUGAGGAGGACAUAGUGCAAAGGAGAGUCCAAGGUGCUGAUGGGCACUCUGUGCUGAAGAACAUCCCUGUUCCACUAGCAGUGAAGGAUUACAGCCGGUGCACGAGUAGAGUGGAUCUCAAUGACAGCCUGGAUAGGUACUACACAAUCCUCCACAAGACCAGGAAGUGGUAUAAGUGGUUCUUUUAUCAUUUCCUGGACAUUGCAAUCGUGAAUGCCUUUCUCCUCCACAAAGAAAUUGCAAAGGUUCAAGGAUGGCUACCUAAGACUCAAAAGGUGUUCAGAGAAACCCUCGCUCAGGAGCUGGCAGAGGCAGGGUCUACCGCUGAUGAACCACCACCACCUCCUGACGCACCACAUCACAGGCCAGUGCACAUCAGUGGGCACAGCACCACCGGUCGGCUGAAGUGCAGGCACUGCCAAAUGAAGACACCCGUGAAGUGCUCCUCCUGUGAUGUGCCGUUGUGCUUAAUUCCCGGUCGUGACUGCUACAAUACCUGGCAUGAUGCGCAAAAACUGUAAAAAGUAUCAUUGUGAAACCUGUGAAUGAAAAUGAAUUGUUUUGUGUUAAUUUCUGUAAAAACUGCUUUUUAACCACAAACACUUUGUGACUCUUUUAUAUGCACAAAGUGUAGUUUGCUUUUGCUUCAGCUGCGGUGUGUCAGCAAUACUGACAGUGAAUCUGAACAUGAGAUGGGAUAUUUCUAAGUGUUAUCUUUAAUUAAAGCCCAAAAUUACGAAUGUGCGUUUUAGACUAGUCGCCUUUUUAUUCUAGGUAUACAACCAUGGUUACCAAGGGUUCUAUGGAGUCUCCAAUUUUUAUUUUAUUUUGAAAACUCCAAGACACAGCUAUUUAUAAUUUCCCUUUGGCUGGGCAGAUCACCACUGGGACCUUUCUCGGUCUUUGGCUGGAACGAGAUCCCCCGUGGUGAUGGAGUGAACGUGGGACUGACUCGUAAUGCCCCCAAGUACCAUGUGUGGAAACCAGCUGCAAGAAUUAUUCUGUCCACCAGGAGGAGCGGUGAUGAAAGAAGCAGUUUACUGCACCUGAUAUCAGUUGUUCUUAAAUUUGAUGUAUAUGAGGUAGUCUGCUUCCCACACUGAGCACACUUCUAAUGAUUGUUUUCAUUAUUCAUUUACUUCACUGUAUAUUAAAGAUGGGCAACAUUUGCCCAGAAGUGAGGCCAUAACUGAUCGAUCACCCCCGGGUAGCUGGCUGGUUGUAUAGGUCAUUAACCCUGCUCCUUCCAUGUUAAUGGGCCAAAUUAAAAGAUCAAAGUGCACGUCAGAUGUUUUGGUUAUUAAUGGCACUGCUUGCGAUUGGUCGCACAGUGGAAACUCAAUACUGCAGUAAGAUUACUACACUAUUACUAUACUACUAUCACUUUCUCAGGAGAGGGUAUGAUAAGAUGCAGUCUGCCCUAGUCCUUUGUGGUGGCAGCAGCGUACCAGAUGAUGAUGGAGGAGAUGAGGAUGGAUCUGGUGAUGGCAGUGUAGAAAUGCACUAUCAUUGUCUUUGGAAGGUUGAACUUCUUCAGCUGCCAAAGGAAGUACAUCCUGAGCUGUGCCUUUUUGAGUGAGCUAAUGUUCAGCUCCCACCUAAGGGGGUUAUCACACAGAAAUGAGACACUAGAGACGCGGACACUUCAAAGACGCUUGAAACGCUGGAAGCGCUUAUUCAAUGCGCGCUAGCUACUGGCGUCUGAUGCUCAAAAAGUUGAAAAUAUUUUAACUUUUCAGCGUCUACGUGCGUCUAAAAAGAAGCGUUUACAAAAAUGCGUCUAAAAAGAUGCCAGAAAAACACCUGUCUAAAAAGACUCUUGAAUGCCGGUCAGACGCGCCGUAUCAUAGGAAAACAAUGGUUUUACUGGCGUCGCGUUUCUAGCAUUUCAUCUCGGUGUGAUCACCCCCUAAGGUUCCUGAGUGAUGAAGGAGCCCAGAAAGUGGAAGAACUCCAAAUGGUUGACUGGGGAGUCACACAGAGUGAUGAGGGCAGGUGGGGCUGUGUUCUGACAGAAAUCAGCAAUCAUCUCCACUGUCUUGCGGGCAUUUAGUUCUGAAUUGUUGUCACUAAGAUGUCAAUUUCACAAUGGUGCGCAGACUCAUCCCUACUAGAGAUGAGCUGACUGAGAGCUAGCAGGCUGGUGACUGGAGUUGCAGCCGUCGGUAUACAGAGGAAAGAAGAUGUGUUUGCCCAGCUUCAUGUGCUGCUUCCUAUCAGACAGAAAGUCUAAUAGGAAGUCCACAAACAGGAUCCUGGCGUAGGUUCCUGGGGAGUUCAGGUGCUGGAGGAUGAAAAGGAGGGCCAUGUUGACUGCACUGUCUACAUACCUGUUGGCUCUAUAGGUGAUAUGUAUUGGAUCCAGGAGUGGGUUGUUUUUGAAAUUAGACAGAACAAGGUGCUUAAAGAACUAAAGAACCACUGAGGACAGGGAGAUAUGUCUGUAGUCGUGAAGUCCUGUGAUCCUUGUUUCUUUUGGGGGAUAGGGAUGAUGGUGAAGGUUUUGAAGCAGCCUGGUACAUGGUAUUGCUCCAGUGAGGUAAGAUGUGGAAACAUGCCACGCACCAGCCUGCUUCAAAAAAUGAACCUGAAAUGAGCAAACACACUCUGGAAACCAACUGAAACUAAACUGAAAAAUAGAAAUAAAAACUUGUGAAAAUACUGAACUAUAAUAACUCUACUGCAGAGAAUGCUACUGCACAGACUCGUUAACACAAGAUGGCAGUGUCCGAAUCUUUGAUAUUUUGGCUUCAUUUUUGUACAGUGAGACAAGGUGGAGACACGAUCUUUAUAUACAGUUAUUGGUUAAUGUCAUGAUCAGAUCAUGAAAAUAUCCUGAAGUGGUUUGUGAAACCCUGAUAUGGAUUGUUUUGGGGUUUUUUUAGAAAAAAGUGGUGGUGAGAUGGCUGACUGAGUUACUAUUUAUAUCUUCUGUUCUUCCCAUGAAAGCUUCUUAAACAGGUUGGCAACCUAUGGCUCCGGGAGUGGUUCUUACAUUCCCCAAUUGUAAAAAUGUGUAGCCUAUACACUGAAAUGUUGUAUUAUUUUGUAUACACUGAAUAAAUAUGUUUUAACAUC